AUAAUAUGGCCUUGGGAUCUUCUUGCUAUGUAAAUUUAUACUCCCUGUUAGAAUUUUUUAUUCUAUUCUAAUCUAAUUUACCUACAAAGAUUAGUCAAAUCAACUCUGGAAAGUAAGACAUGACAAACAUAUAUUUUGGGAUGGAGGAAGUAUCUCUACCACAACUAAUUGCUAUGUGCAGUUGCUUUUUCUCCUUCAAUUAUUAUGCAGUUCAUCACAUAUAUAUUGUAACUGUAUUCAAAUCAUUUAUAAAUAUUUAUAAUAAUUAGAGUGAGAUAUAUGUGGAACGCAUGUGUUGGAGAAUUAGUAUGUUAAAAGAGGCUUCAUAGCUACAAUACAACUGUGUUUCUUAGUCUUUCUUUAGAAAGAUACACACAAAUAGUAUUUUUUUCCAAUAGUUGACUUCUCUCAUAAAUUUAUUAAUAUAAUCACUCUUAUCAUUCAUUUUGAUUCAUUCAUAGAAUAAAUAAAUAAAGUUCCUUCUACUUUCUCUCUGUAUCAUUAUCCAUAACUCUGUUUCUACAACUUUGAUAACAGUUGAUCAGUUUGGCGUGACAAUCUCACUUCUGAGCGCACAGUGCUCAGAGGAUUGAACUUCGUGAGUGUUACUUCCUUUUUCUUUUUUCCUUAUUAUGUCUUAGUUUCUGAGCUGAGGUUAGUUUCUGAGCUGAGUAUCUAUUCAAAAACAGUCUCUCUACUUUUGUGAUAUAGGGGUAAAGUUCAUCUGGGAAAAUGGAGAGAGCAACUCCUUCAUUGUUAUGUAGUCACUUUGUUAUCAUGUUGAUCCUACUUCUAACAGAUACAUCAGUGGCUGAACCAAGAUCCCAGAUAAUCCAGCUCAUAUGUGGAAACAGCACGACGGUUUCCGUAGAAAAUUCUGUUCGUACAUUAGAAAAAUUAAGUGAACAACUGAGUAGUAGAGGAUAUGGAGUAGGAGUUACUGGCACUGGACCAGAUGCUACCUAUGGACUUGGCCAAUGCUAUGGUGAUCUUUCAUUAAUUGACUGUAGCUUAUGCUUCUCUGAAGCGCGGACCCAUAUUACCCUGUGCUUCCCUAAUAAUGGAGGGCGAAUUUAUCUUGAUGGCUGCUUUAUGAGAGCGGAAAAUUACAGGUUCAAUGACCAGUAUUUAGGUCCAGAGGACAGGCGAGUAUGCGGAAACAGGACGACAAAGGGUUCAUUGUUCCAACAGAAUGCUAGGCUAGCCGUUCAACAAGCAGCUGCAAAUGCACCGAGUAAUAAUGGCUAUGCGCGUGCCCAAGUGUCAAUGCACAGGCCUUUCAAUGAUACAGCUUAUGUUCUCGCUGAUUGCUGGAAGACGCUGAAUGCAAAUUCUUGUGCAGCGUGUUUACAAAAUGCAUCUGCAUCCAUGUUGGGAUGCUUACCUUGGUCAGAAGGUAGAGCUCUGUACACCGGAUGCUUCAUGAGGUAUUCCGAUACCAAUUUUCUCAAUGCUAUUUCUACCAGUGGAGGCUCGUCAUCAAGGGGAAAAGUUGUAGUCACUGUCAUUGUUGUUAGUUCCGCAGUCGUUUUGGGAGCAGGUGCUUUCAUUGGUAUUGGCGUCUGGAAGAACAAACAAAUCCAGAAGAAGAGAAAAGGUGCAAAUGAUGCCGAGAAAUUAGUGAAGAUCCUUCAUGACAUCAGCUUGAACUUCAAGUACUCGGCACUUGACAAAGCCACAGGGUCAUUUGAUGAGGCCAACAAGCUCGGGCAAGGUGGAUUUGGCACGGUUUAUAAGGGUGUUUUAGCAGAUGGGAGAGAGAUCGCCGUCAAAAGGCUGUUCUUCAACAACAAACAUAGAGUUGCAGAUUUUUAUAACGAGGUUAACAUAGUCAGCAGCAUUGAGCACAAAAAUUUGAUAAGGUUAUUGGGUUGCAGCUGCUCAGGACCGGAAAGCCUUCUUGUAUACGAGCUCCUCCCUAACCAAAGUCUUGAUCGCUUCAUAUUUGACCCUAUCAAAGGUAAAGCUCUAAACUGGGAGAAGAGAUUUGAGAUAAUUAUAGGUACGGUAGAAGGAUUGGUAUACCUUCACGAGAACACAAAGACACGAAUAAUUCACAGAGACAUAAAAGCAAGCAACAUCCUGUUGGACUCGAGGCUCCGUGCAAAAAUAGCUGAUUUUGGAUUGGCCAGGUCAUUCCAAGACGACAAGAGUCACAUAAGCACUGUCCUUGCUGGCACAUUAGGAUAUAUGGCUCCAGAAUACUUAGCGCACGGUCAGUUAACAGAAAAAGCAGACGUCUACAGCUUAGGAGUUCUUCUACUAGAGAUUGUUACUGGAAGACAAAAUAACACGAGAAAAAACACCGAAUAUACAAUCAGCUUAGUUUCUGAUGUGUGGGAGCACUUUCAACGCGGGAUAGUGAAGGAACUUUUCGAUCCGAAUCUCAUGUUGCAUAACUGCCAUACAAUCAAUGUACAAAAUGAGGUUGUGAGAGUGUUACAUGUUGGACUUUUGUGCACUCAAGAGAUCCCAACGUUACGGCCAUCCAUGUCUAAGGCAUUACAAAUGUUCAUCAAGAAAGAUGAAGAGUUGCCUCAUCCUACUAAGCCGCCAUUCGUGGAUGACAAAACUAUGGAACUUCAUGACCCUUGGGAGAAGUACUCGCUUAAACAAGGCGAAUCUGCUACGAUUGCCGUCUUAUCUCACAGUUCUUUUUACCCCAGAUGAUAAUAGCUCAGAGUCCUGAAAUUGAAGCAUAUAUUAAAGAUAGACAAAUUAAAUUGAUCUUAACUAGCAAUUAAGCAUUCCAACUUUGAAUAUGCACAUCUAGACACCUCAACUCUGAAAGUACAAGAAUUCCAAAUUAAAUGGUGUCUUCUUUUUUGCUUUUGUUACUUCCACUUCUUUGUUGCCUAACUGCAAGGGUCGAGUGAUUCAUCCGAGUUUCUUUCGAUGGAAAAUAUUACGUACCUUUAUGUAUUUACUU